AUGGAAUCAAGCAAUGUGAAGAACAAGUCAAGUGGAAAAAGAAAGAUGUCUAGUGAGGACACAAGAAGUUACUUCACAUGGAACUUGGAAAUGGAGCGUGAGCUAGCUGAUGUGCUUAGAGAUCAAAGAAAUUUGGACAAUAAAGGUGAUGGAAAUUGGAAAGCACUAGCAUGCUGUACUGCAGCUCAAAUUUUGUCCAAGCGUUUUGGAGUUCACCUCAUGGUAGAUAAUGUUAAGAACCGUUUUAAGCUUUGGAGAACAUGGUAUGGAAUUGUGAGUGACAUUCUUAGUCAAAGUGGAUUUGACUGGGAUAGCACAAAGUACAUGAUUACCGUUGAAAAUGAAAUUUCAUGGAAUGAAUAUGUAAAGUCACAUGAAGAAGCCAAAAGAUUUCGAUUCAAAGUCAUUCCUAAUUGGGAUGAUAUUGUUGGCCUAUGUGCAAAGGAUAGAGCUACUGAACUUGGAGCAGAAAAUGCAUUAGAUGUAGAUGAUAUCAUGAGCAAAGAAACAAAUGAAGAGGAAGCAAUUCAUAGUGUGAGUUUUGACUUAGAGGGAUCAAGUUCCGCCACAAGAAAAAACAUUCACCCAAGUAAGAGUGGAGAGAAAGAAGGGAUGAUUUCCUCAAUGAAAGAAGUAACCGAGUCAUUGAAAGAAUUUGUUGAAAUGACUAAGAAGAAGAUGAAGAACAAAAAAAAAUGGAGAUAA